UGCCAAUAGUGCGCAUGCGUGGCUUCCAGGGUGGAAGGGAUCAACAUGUCGCUGGAGGAUCCGUUUUUCGUAGUGAAGGGGGAGGUGCAGAAGGCCCUGUCCCGUGCACGGGGGUUGUUUGACAGAUGGGAGGAACUGUUGCAGGAGUCCACACAGGUGAGCCGGGAUGAGCUGGACUGGAGCACCAAUGAGCUGAGGAACUGUCUGCGGGCCAUCGACUGGGACCUGGAAGACCUCAGCGAGACCAUCAGCAUCGUCGAGUCCAAUCCGGGAAAGUUCCGCCUGGGGGAGAAUGAGCUGCAGGAGAGGCGGGCCUUCGUGGAACAGACCAGGCUCUCUGUACAGGAGAUGAAGGAGCAGCUGUCCAGCCCUACAGCUGUGGCCCAGGUAGAGAAGAAGAGCCGACAGGUUCCGUCAGGUUCAGAGCGCUCCACAGGUCUGGAGGCUCACCUGGUGUCCGCUAACUCCAGAUACAUCACAGAGCAGCAGGAGCAGCAGCAGCUGAUAGUGCAGGAGCAGGAUGAGCAGCUGGAGCUGGUGUCGGGGAGCAUCAGGGUUCUUAAAGACAUGUCGGGACGUAUCGGGGACGAGCUUGACGAACAGGCUGUCAUGCUGGGAGAUUUUGGAGACGAGAUGGACCAGACAUCCUCACGCAUGGAUAGCGUCCUGAAGAAGCUGGAGAAGGUCUCCCACAUGACCAGCAGCCGGAGACAGUGGUGUGCCAUCGGGGUGUUGGCGGCCAUCAUGCUAGUGGUGCUCAUCCUCAUCUUCGCCCUGUGAGGUCCUGCUGCCAUCACCCCACCCGCCCAUCCCAGAAUCCCCUUCACUAGUGGAGCCAUCGCAGGUGGAUGAGCGAAUGAGCAGACGGGGAAAAAUAAGAGGAACGUUUGAGAGAAUCUUCCCCUGCCUCCCUUUCUCCUAGAGACGGAGGGGUCGGUGGAGGCGGACCUUGUGGUAUCCUAAAGCUGCUCCCACCUGCGCUUUUAACCAUUUUUUACCAAGUCACUUUCAAGUUGUUUUUUUACUGUGUGUCUGGACGGGUGGUUGUUCAACGUCAACACAUUUCUGUUACUGGAAUGGCUAAGAAGGUACUUACUAUG